AUGGCAACUUCAUUCGAGACCCUCCCAAUAAUAGAUUUCCAAGCUCUUGGAAUCCCGGCAACAAAGUCGGAAGCCCUUGAAAAGUUGAAACAUGCUCUAUUCAACGUUGGCUUUUUGUAUCUCGCCAAUACGGGGCUGGAGAAACUUAUCGAGGAAACACAUGAAACGCUGCCGGAAUUCUUUGACUUACCGGAAAGUGUCAAGCAAAGUUGCAACAUGCUCAAUUCUCCUUCGUUCUUGGGAUAUACUAGCCUAGGUGCCGAGACUACGGCGCGAAAGACAGACUUGAGAGAGCAAUUUGAUUUUGGGACCCCGGUGACGCAGCUAUGGAAGGAGAACGAUUUACCCUGGCAGCGCCUUGAGGGUCCUUCCCAGUUCCCAAAUAAACAGGUUGAAAGGCUCGUCACAAGAUACACAUCCGCGCUGUCGACACUCUCUGGAGCAUUUCUGCGAGCGGUCGCAGAAUGCCUCUCUUUACCCCCAAACACAUUUGAGACCUUUCUAGGCAACAUGCACCGGCUUAAAUUCGUCAGAUAUCCGCGAUCUGAGCCUGGAUCUCAGGGUGUGGGUCCACAUAAGGACUCUACUGGGCUUUUCACUUUUCUGUCUCAGGAUCCAGUUGGGGGCCUGGAAGUUCUGAACAAAUCUGGACAGUGGAUUAGUGCGCCGUACAUAGAGGGUACGUUUGUCGUUAAUGUGCAGCAGGGUUUCGAGGCUAUUACAGGGGGCUUGUGUCCAGCAACGACUCAUCGGGUUAUUGCACCCACGACAUCUACCCGCUAUAGCAUACCAUUUUUCCAAGCUGUAAGACUAGAUCUUACCUUGUUCUUCCUGAAGGAAGCAGCGGCAGAUAUUGUCCGUCGCAUUCCUACCCAGAACGUGACAAACAUUGAACAUAUCACAAUUCCUAGCGAGUUCUUGUCACCUUUAUUCUCAUGCUUCGGUGAAGCUCAAUUGAGAAAUCGUAUUAUCAGCCAUCCAGAUGUUGGCCGGAGAUGGUAUCCAGAUCUAUACGAGAAAUAUUCCCAACAGAGUCUAAGCUAG